CGUUUUCCUCCCUGGCUGUCUAAGGAUAGGCCGCCAUCAUGAAUGACACAGUAACUAUCCUCACUAGAAAGUUCAUGACCAACCGACUACUUCAGAGGAAACCAAUGGUCAUUGAUGUCCUUCACCCUGGGAAGGCAACAGUGCCUAAGACAGAAAUUCGGGAAAAACUAGCCAAAAUAUGCAAGACCACACUGGAUGUCAUCUUUGUAUUUGGAUUCAGAACUCAUUUUCGUGGUGGCAAGACAACUGGCUUUGGCAUGAUUUAUGAUUCCCUGGAUUAUGCAAAGAAAAAUGAACCCAAACAUAGACUUGCAAGACAUGGUCUGUAUAAGAAGAAAAAGACCUCAAGAAAGCAACGAAAGGAACGCAAAAACAGAAUGAAGAAAGUCAGGGGGACUGCAAAGGCCAAUGUUGGUGCUGGCAAAAAGUGCCGAAGGAGUAAAGAUGCUGCAAUGAUGUUAUCUAUGGCCGUUGUGGAUUUUUCACAAGAAGCUUAAUAAACUAAAAAUUUUCGUG